UUCUUUGGUCUCCCAUGAUGCUGCUGCUACAUUCGUUCAACGCUGCUCUGUUCAGCCAAUGUCAUUCCUCCUACCGAAUGUAAUGCUUUCGGAGCAAAGCCCCAGGAAGAGCUGCGAUUCGAUUGGCUCUUCCCAGAGCACAUCACCUGAAGGAACACUUCAACUGUCUUUCCACGCGUUGUUUUCCUGUAUUUGGAGUGGACUGGAUAUACAGACAAUUGUUAAUUUGGUUGACAUCUAGCAGCCAGAACACUGGGAAUCUCAACACUUGCACACCUGCAGGAUGAGUUCUCGGAUGAAAAGCAGAAGGGCCGAGCACAGUUUGGGGGCGGAGAAAGAACAAUUUGACAAACUGCAGCUCAGCAGCAUCAGCAAAGCCAUCAACACCACAGAGGCACCGGUGAAAGAGAAGCAUGCGCGCAGAAUCAUUCUCGGGACCCACCGGGAGAAGGGGGCCUUCACCUUCUGGUCCUACGCCCUGGGCCUGCCGCUGGCCAGCAGCUCCAUCCUUAGCUGGAAGUUCUGCCAUGUACUUCACAAGGUGCUACGCGACGGGCACCACAACAGCCUGCAGGACUGUGUGAGACACAUUAGCAACAUCCAGGAGAUGGGGAGGUUGUGGGGUAAUCUUCAUGACCGUUACGGGCAACUGGUUGCCCUUUAUUCCAAGCUCCUCUGCACCAAAAUGGAUUUCCACAUGAAGCAUGCAGAAAUCCGGGCCAGCCUGGAGGUUUCUGAUGAGGUUCUGGAACGUACAGCAGGAACUGACAUCAACAAUGUGUUCCAGGUGACCGUGGAGGUGCUGGAUUACAUGGAUGUUGAGCUGAAGCUGGCUGAGACAGUGUUCCGGCAGCUCAACACGUCCAUCGCCAUCUCCACCACCACGUCGGGGCAGUGCCGCCUGGCCCCCUUGAUCCAGGUGAUCCAGGACUGCAGCCACCUCUACCACUUCACUGUCAAACUGCUUUUCAAGCUGCACGCCUGUCUGCCGGCGGACACCCUCCAAGGCCACCGAGACCGAUUCCACGACCAGUUCCACAGCCUGAAGAACUUCUUCAACAAAGCCAGGGACAUGCUGUACUUCAAAAGGCUCAUUCAGAUCCCCAAGCUCCCUGAUUCACCUCCCAACUUCCUGCGGGCGUCUGCUCUGGCUGAGCACGUGAAGCCAGUGGUUGUGAUCCCAGAUGAGGAGCCAGCGGACGACGACGAUGGGGAGCCGCUGAUCGAAGUCAGCGAGAUGUCCCUGCCCAGCAUGCAGAUCCAGCCUGUGUCACAACCACAACCGCAACUACAUACUCAACCGCAGUCACAGUUUGAUAUAUUUGAUCAGACGUUUGGACCUCCUAAUGGUGGAUUUGAUAACAGGGACAUCCAGAUCGAAAACCUGAAGCGAGAGAUCGAGCUUCUGAAAGCCGAGCUGGAGCGGAUUAAAGCCGAGGCCCAGCGCUACAUCACACAGCUGAAGUCCCAGAUCAACAGCCUGGAGGCAGAGCUGGAGGAGCAGCGGGUGCAGAAACAGCGCGCCCUGGUGGAGAACGAGCAGCUGCGCAUGGAGCUGGAGAUGCUGAGGAGGCAGAAUGCGGAGAACGAGAGCACCCAGCUCAGCUACAUCGAGGCUGAGAAGAGAGCCCAGGACUCCGAGCUGCGCUACUGCAAGCUGAAAGAGAAGCAUGCUGAGUUGGUCAGCAGCCAUGCAGAGCUGCUCCGAAAGAGUGCAGAUACGGUGAAGAUGCUGACGGCCAGCCAGCAGUCACAGGAGGAGGUGGCCAGGACCAGGCAGCAGCUGGCCUUCGAGGUUGACCGCAUCAAGCAGGAGGCUGAUAUGAAGCUGGACGAGCAGAAGUUUGAGAUGGACAAGCUGAGGCGAGAGCUGGAGGAGAAGAGGACCGAGCUUCUGCGGAUUCAGACCAGCCUGCAGAGCAACGAGAAGAUGGGAGAGAGGCUGAACAGUGAGAUGCUGGGGCUGCAGGCAGAGAAGGAGGUGCUGAUGCGGUCGGUGAGCGAGAAGGAGGCGGAGCUCUCCUCCCUGCGGCAGUCUGCGCAGAUGCAGCAGUCCUCCCUGCAGCAGGAGAGGGAGAGGAGCACCAGGGAGCUGGGUGAGCUCCAGGGCAAGCUGCAGGAGAAGCUGAGCCGGGAAGAGCAGCUGCAGCAGAAGUUGCUGGAGGACCAGUUCGCCCUGCUGCAGGGCACAGUAGCCGAGGCAGAAACUAUUAUCCAGGACGCAGUGGCUAAACUGGACGACCCCCUCCAUUUGCGCUGCACCAGCUCACCAGAUUACCUUGUCAGUCGGGCAGAGGCUGCUCUUGGCUCGGUUGAUAAGCUGAAGCAAGGCCAUGCUGACUAUCUGAAGGACAUGAAAGACGCCAGUGGCUUGCUGCGGGCCGUGACCCAGUUCUCCCACUUGGCUGCCGACACCAUCGUCAACGGCAGCGCCACCGCCCACAUGGCGCCCACUGACCACGCUGACCGUCUGACCGAAAACUGCAGAGGCUGUGCUACCCAGACCCUGCAGUUCCUCAGAGAGCUCAAGUCCAAACUGUCCCUGCAGCGGGCGGACCCCGUUGGCAUACGCAUGAUCAUCCAAAAGAUCCUGCACCUGGCCCAGGAGCUGCGGCCUAAAGGCUCAGACAUCCGACAGGACGAGCUGGGCGACCUGGUGGACAAGGAAAUGGCUGCUACUUCCUCUGCCAUCGAGGAGGCUGUACGGAGGAUUGAUGAAAUGAUGAACCAGGCUAGGAGGGACACAUCUGGGGUCAAGCUGGAGGUCAACGAGAGAAUCCUCAACUCAUGCACAGACCUGAUGAUGGCCAUCCGCAUGCUAGUGAUAGCAUCGACUGACCUUCAGAAGGAGAUCGUGGAGGACGGGCGGGGUGCGGCCUCCAUUAAGGAGUUCUACGCCAGGAACUCUCGCUGGACCGAGGGACUGAUCUCCGCCUCCAAGGCUGUGGGAUGGGGCGCUACUCAGAUGGUCGAAUCAGCUGACAAGGUGGUCCUGCACACUGGCAAGUAUGAAGAGCUAAUUGUCUGUUCCCACGAGAUCGCCGCCAGCACUGCCCAGCUUGUCGCCGCCUCCAAGGUGAAGGCAGACCGCAACAGUAAGAAGCUGGUGACGCUUCAGCAGGCCUCUCGGCAUGUUAACGAGAUGGCCGCCAACGUGGUGGCCUCCACCAAGACCGGGCAGGGGCAAAUCGAGGAGAAAGACACCAUGGACUUCUCGGACAUGUCCCUAAUGAAACUGAAGAAGGAGGAGAUGGAGUCACAGGUGAGGGUACUGGAGCUGGAGACUCACCUGGAGAAUGAACGCGUUCGCCUUGGAGAGCUGAGGAGGAAGCACUAUGAGCUGGCUGGUGUCCCACUGGACCAGCUUGCUGAGGGCAAUGGAUUGGCCAGCGCCACUCCACCGUCACCAAAACCUGCUAAGCCUGCUCUCUCUAAAAAACCAGCCCUGGCCCAGAAACCCAGCAUCUUUGCCAAGAACCCGUUCAGGUGAAUGAGAGCUACAGGUGGCAUCCUUGAUUACUGACCAUUGGACAGAUCUGAAAGGGAGAUAUGACUUCUGUGUUGCUCCUCCAGUGUCUCUGGUCCAUCGUUUACCAUCAUCGUCGGCGUCCUCUCCAUACACUGGCACUGUAUAUAGUGGAACAAUCCGCUCCCAUGUGAUGAUCUUUUCUUUUUUGCUGCCAAAUAUGAAAGUAACCUUGACUUAUGCAGUCUUGUUCAGGAAGAACAGGAAGGCGUAUGUCCCUUUGCCUUAAUAUUGACUGCAACUUGCGUAGGGGUUCCACCAAUCACUGUACAUAUUAUUUAGACAGGCUGUAUGGGUAGCUUUCAGAGGCAAAUAAUGUGUUUCAGGGAAAUAUAAAACUCAUAUUUUCACUGUAGCGAACUGCCACCUUCUGCAGCUGUGAUUGGAAGACUUUAUAUAUAGUGCUUUUAGAAACUUAGGACAAUCAUGUUUUGUAACUCAAUGAUAACUUUUUUAGUCUGCAUUUUAACGUGCUGCAUUGCAGCUUGACAGACUGCAAUAGUGUAAGUGAGGAGUGUCUGGGACAAACUACUAACCAGUGUUUCUCAUGUUGUUUUCCUUACCAUGCAAGACACCCAGGAAUGGAACGUCUUGAGGUGUUCUACUUUUGAUGUUCCAAAAAUGACCUUUAGCAUACAGAGCAGAGAAUGUGGCACUAGCUAGAUUCAAUUAGAUUCUUGACAAAACGCCUAAUUUUAAGGCAACAGAUUGGUGUACAUGAGGGCUUUCAAGUACACCUGUAAUUUAAUGUGAAUAACGGAAAUGAAUUAUAACCUUUACUGAUAAUAAACAGUGCUGCUUGUGGUACACCUAAUACUAAAGACAAACCCGUUAACUGUAAAUGUCAUUCUGUUCACCUUUUAAAUGUAAUCUUGGGUUCUUAAUUUCUGUGCAUAGGAUUUAGGGAUUAAUGCACAAGCACAAAGUCAGGUAGCAGAAGCACAGGUUUGCAAAUCAGCUAUUUGCUCAGAUCACACCCUGCUUUUAUACAGUUGUGUCCUGUAUUUAAGGAUAAUGUCCUCAGGGCAGAAAGCAGAGUGAGAUUCAGCACAAACCUGCUCACUUUGACCUCCUUUUAAAAACUUUCAAAUACACACUGUCAGAAAGGAAAUGUAACCUUUUUAACACUGUUAAUAAGUAUCUUAUUUUAGUUAACAAACCUUCCUACAUCACAGCUUCUGAUUUUUGAUGAGUCAUAAAGAAAGCUGAGGUCCAACGCUCUGUGUUCCACUCUGUGUACAUGAGUGCACUCUUGUUAAUACAAAAGCUUAACAUUCCCUAAGCAUGAACAUUUCUGUUUUUUCAUGUAUAAAUUGGUGCAUAAUAUAUUGAAAUCACUCAGUCUAAAAAUCUGAAAGUUAACCCUUGUCUCUUUCUUUAUGAUCCAAUUGAUUUACAGGGCUGAUUUUUUUUUCCUCAGUGGUCAUGUGACCUGUAACUUGGGGUCAGGGAAUGGUAUUGACUGUGUAGCUGAGCAGUGACUAUGAAGGCUUCUGUAGAACACUAGCCAGAUUACUCACAAUAGGGAUCUCCUUUCUUUAAGAGAGGAAAUGCUCAUUUACAGUCUUUAUUUUAAAUAUUUAACUCUGAGUUCCCUGCUGCUUGCUGCAGAGAAAGGCCUGUUGCGCAAAGGAGGGCUGAGAAACUGUAGAUAUUCAGUGAGUGUGUGUGUGUGGACAACCCUCUUGACAAGGUUCUGGGUCAUUUCUUUGGGUGCAUUUUAAAUAAGAAAGAAACACAAAUCAAAGAAAUCUUCUUAAAUGCUUUGCUCAUGGUUCUCUCUUUUUAUUAAACCUAUCUUUAUAC